AAAAAAUGACAUCUCAAGAAAGUGAGAGACAAUACCGUUUCGAAACACUUCAACUUCAUGCUGGCCAUACCCCGGAUCCUGUAACUCGGGCUAGAGCUGUCCCAAUCUAUGCUAGCGCCUCCUUUGUGUUCAAAGACACAGUCAGUGCUGAAAAUGUUUUUAACCUGACUGAAGAAGCGUUUGCUUAUAGCAGUCAAUUAUUGAUUUUUCAACUUAUUAAUUUAGAGGUAUUCGAAAAACGAAUCGCUGCUUUAGAAGGAGGUUCUGUUGCCCUUGCUACAUCCUCAGGUCAAGCUGCUCAAUUUACUGCAAUUGCUACAAUUUGUGUCGCGGGUGAUAAUAUCGUAUCGACGAGUUAUCUUUACGGUGGUACUUACAAUCAAUUCAAGAUUACAUUGCCUCGAUUAGGAAUCAAUGUAAAAUUUGUACAAGGAGAUGAUCCACAAGAAUUUGCGAAAUUAAUUGAUGAAAAUACUAAAGCUAUUUAUAUUGAAUCCAUGGGCAAUCCAAGAUUUAAUGUUCCUGAUUUUGAGGCGAUUGCGAAGGUGGCACACGAUGCCGGUAUUCCAUUAAUUGUUGAUAAUACGUUUGGUGCUGGUAUGAUCUUUCAAAUGCCCACGUUAAAUGCUGGUUAUUUAAUACAACCAAUUAAGCAUGGUGCUGAUAUUGUAGUUCACAGCACAACAAAAUGGAUUGGCGGUCAUGGAACAACAAUAGGUGGUGUAAUAGUCGACAGUGGUAGGUUCCCUUGGAAUAAUGGUAAAUUUCCAUCGUUUACUGAACCAUCUCCUGGAUAUCAUGGCUUGCAGUAUUGGGAAAAUUUUGGAAAUAAAUCCUUCAUUGUUAAAGCACGCGUUGAAAUCAUGCGUGAUGUAGGUGCAUGUCAAAACCCAUUUGGUUCUUUUCUUCUUUUACAAGGAAUUGAAACUUUAUCAUUAAGAGUCGAAAGACAAGCAGAGAAUUCGUUGAAAUUGGCAAGAUGGUUGGAAUCAUUGACUGACGUUGUAGGUUGGGUUUCAUAUCCAGGGCUUGAGUCUCAUGCAUCCUAUAUGAAUGCUAAAAAAUAUAUGAAAAAUGGUUUUGGGUGUGUGCUGUGUUUUGGUAUUAAAGGUGGUAUUAAGGCUGGAAGUUUAUUCAUAGAUUCGUUAAAGAUUGUUAGUUAUCUGGCUAACCUAGGUGAUGCAAAAACUUUGAUAAUAAAUCCCGCUGCAACAACUCAUCGGCAACUUACAGAUGAAGAGCAAAUAUCAUCAGGAGUUACUAAAGAUACUAUACGUGUUUCUGUGGGGUAUGAACAUAUCGAUGAUAUUAUAGCUGAUUUCAAAUUUGCUUUUGAUAAAGUUAGAGCGGCCAACAAUGAGUGUGAUGAUAAAUAG